GAUUAAGGUCCGGGCGGCGGCACCACCACCACGUGGUCUGUUCUGACCGGCGCGAGCAGCAAUGGCGGAGGGAGACGUGGAGCUGGAGUUGGACAACGAGGAGAAUUGUACCGAGCGGCCGGCGGAGAAGCCGCGGAAACACGACAGCGGCGCCGCUGAUCUGGAGAGGGUGACCGACUAUGCGGAGGAGAAGGAGAUCCUGAGCUCGGACCUGGAGACGGCCAUGUCCGUUAUUGGGGACCGACGCUCCAGGGAACAGAAAGCCAAACAAGAAAGAGAAAAGGAAUUGGCUAAAGUAACCAUCAAGAAGGAAGAUGUUGAACUGAUUAUGAAUGAGAUGGAGAUCUCGCGGACGGCAGCAGAACGCAGUCUUCGGGAGCACUUGGGGAAUGUUGUCGAAGCAUUGGUUGCUCUCACAAAUUGAAACAGAGCCACAGAAUGCCUGAAAAUGUUUCCAAGACUGAACAGGAAAGAAGUCACGUGUGAACCCAGAGUCUGGCACAAUUGAUGACAUAGAAUUUUUCAGGACACGUUUAUGCAGUAUGCUUGGCGUGCUUGAAGAGUUGGUUUUAAUGGGGCUUGUUUCUAACCUGGUUCACAACUGUUUCCCGAAGACUAAAUUAACCUUUCAAAUGGAGAAAGGUUUGAGUAUUCCAAGAGAAACCUAAUAAAGCAUAAAGACUU